AUGAUUAAAUCAGUGCUUAUAUUUAAUAAUCACGGUAAACCACGUCUUAUUAAGUUUUACCAACAAAUUGACAUUGCAACACAACAAGCACUUGUACAAGAGAUCUUUUCACUUGUUUCAAAAAGACCAGAUACAGCUUGUAACUUUCUGGAAGGCAGUAAAUUACUCGGUGGAAAAGAUACACGCGUUAUUUAUAGACACUACGCCACACUUUACUUUGUGUUUGUUGUGGAUGAAAGUGAGAGUGAACUCGGUAUUUUAGAUUUAAUUCAGGUGUUUGUAGAGAGUUUGGAUCGAUGUUUUGAGAAUGUAUGCGAACUAGACUUGAUCUUCCAUUUUGAUGAGGUUCAUGCUAUUCUUGCCGAGAUUAUUCAAGGUGGUCUUGUUUUAGAAACAAAUAUGAAUGAAAUAGUGUCAGCGAUAAACGAAAUGAACAGAGCCAAAAAGAAAACAGGUGUUACAGCAAGUGCAUUAAGUUUAAGGGCAACAGAGACAUUGAGAAAUGGGUUUCGUCAUUAA